GCGUCCCUCUUCUGCUCAGACACCGACGUGUCAGUCCUCUUGUGUCCAGAGCCGAGCAGCAGACAGGCCGGUCGACCCGCAGACAUGGCUCCUAAAGGCAGCAACAAGCAGCAGUCAGAGGAAGACCUUCUCCUCCAGGACUUCAGCAGAAACCUUUCCGCAAAGUCCACCGCGCUUUUUUACGGAAACGCGCUCAUCGUUUCGGCCAUCCCCAUCUGGCUGUUUUGGAGGAUCUGGCACAUGGACCUUGUCCAGUCUGCAGUCUUGUACGCUGUGAUGACUCUGGUCAGCACAUACCUGGUGGCCUUUGCCUACAAGAAUGUCAAGUUUGUUCUCAAACACAAAGUUGCCCAGAAACGUGAGGAUGCUGUUUCCAAGGAGGUGACCAGGAAGUUGUCUGAGGCGGACAACCGCAAGAUGUCCCGCAAGGAGAAAGACGAGAGGAUCCUAUGGAAGAAGAAUGAGGUCGCUGACUACGAAGCCACCACCUUCUCUAUCUUCUAUAACAACACUCUGUUCCUGGUGCUCGUCAUCAUCUCCUCCUUUUUCUUGCUCAAGAACUUCAACCCCACCGUGAACUACAUUCUGUCCAUCAGUGCCUCCUCAGGACUUAUCGCUCUGCUGUCCACGGGCUCUAAGUAAAGGAGAAAGAAAGGGGAGUUAAAAGCUGGAGGGAUGGUGGGGUGGGAUUUGGUUGGGAGUGGGUUAAAGAUGGGUAUACACUAUUUUGUUUGUCACUUAAGUUUGGGAUGGGGUUUAAGGGACCGAAACAGCACAUUUCAACUUCAUGAAAUUCAUGAUCAAAUGUCUGGAGGGUGUUUCUCCAGGUCUGUCUUCUGUUUUUUGUAACAAAUAAACAACCAGGAAUUUC